AUGUGGCAAAGCACCGUUAGAAAGGUUUAUUCUGAAGAUGAGGGCCGGAAAGACUGUUGCCAUGAACGCCAGAGAGAGAGAGGAGCAGUGGAGAGGAGGUCGAUGUGGAGAAGCUCAGAUCGAGGAGACACAUGGGAUGGCCGCGAGAUAAUUGAAAGUCUAGAAUGCAUACAUGACGAGGCUGGGAGAGGAAAGAAGUCGUACGGUCAAGGCAUAGCUCCUCGGCAAAGAGUACGCAUAAAUACAGCUUUUGUUGAGAUGGACUGUGCUGCGACCGAUUCAGCAGCCUGCUUAGGAAUAUGCUCGGCAGCCCGCUUGCAACAGCAUCCCCAGUGUCCUGUUGAUGAUGGAUUUUGCCUUUACCGCUUGUCUGUAGCUCGAGUAGUGUCAUUCGCUGCCUAUGCUCCCCUCGCACCGCUACCCUCUGCCUCCUUCCCCCAUUUGGUCCCUAUCCGCUGUUCCUCCUUCGCGAACUUCGCUUUCUGGAGCCCAUGA